AUGGUCACCCCUGAUCUGCCUGCUAUUUGCAAGCGGAUUGGAGACUUGCGAUUGACGUCUGAUGGCUUCCUUGCUUUAUUCGGGACUUUUAUCAGUGUUAUUGCAGUGACCUACUUGAUCUCGGCAUUUCAAGGGGCCAUUACGGUUCGCUACCAACGCCAUGGAAGCCGACCGCCAAAACUUCCGUAUGCUACUCCACUGCUUGGCCAUCUUCCAGAGUUCUUAAAGGACAAUAUGAAAUUCUUAGCGAGGGCUACAGCUAAAUAUGGGCCGUCCACCCCAGUCCGGAUACAGCUUCUGAACCGGCGUAUGAGUCUACUCAAGGGCGCCGAAUCCAUCACUACCCUUUUUAAGAGCUCAAGGAACUUAAGCAGCGAGCACUGGCUCGUGCAGGUCUUGGUCAACGCCUUCGGAGUGGAGGUUGCUGAUGCACCCUUCUAUCUAGCCGACGACACGGGGAUUGGCAAUCAGCCUGAUCCUCGGAGCAAGAUGACGAACCCAGAGCAUCGCAUCUUCCAUUUGGUCUUUAAGUCCGUCCACAGUGGCUUGAGCGGAGCCAGCCUUGAGGAGAUGGAGAGACAGCUUGUGCGAAAUCUGUCCUCCCAGAUUCAUCAAACGGACAUCCAAUCUGACUCGUGGGUUGAGGUAUCUGAUCUGUACGGCUCUUUGAUUCGCAAUGUCGCCUUCAGAGCGUCCGUUGUAUCACUCUGCGGAUUACAUGUUUUCGAAACUAUCCCGAACUUCGAUGAUGAUUUCUGGGCAUUCGAUAGUGCCCUCCCAAAUUUGUUCAAGGAAAUUCCACGGUGGUUGGCACCAGCAUCGUAUGCGGCUAGGGAUAAGAUGAAGGAGCAUCUAGAAAAGUGGCAGUCCUUUGCCCACGAGCAUUACGAUGUGCGCCAGGGCCAACUGGACAAGAGAGAAUGGGAGGAAUUUUUCGGAUCCAGGUUGAUGAGGACAAGACAUGAAUUCUUCCAGAAGAUGCCGUUGAGCAAGGAGACCGUCGCCGCGGAUGAUCUUGGAUUAGUGUGGGCGACCACCGCAAAUACUGUUCCUGCGAUUGGCUGGAUGCUACUGGAGGUCCUCCAACGUCCCGACCUUUUACUGAGAGUUCGUGAAGAGAUCGCUCCCUUCGUAUGCUGGGACCCGUCGGACCCAAGCCGGACAGUCGUCGACAUUUCCAAUCUCUGCUGCCAGCCCCUCCUGCAAUCUAUUUACGCCGAGGUCUUGCGCCUUCACUCUGGCACCGUCAUCAACCGAGUCCCGACUACUAGCGAUUUCCACAUUGGGGGGUGGCAUUUCAAGGAAGGUGAGCAGAUCAUUGUAUCCACCUACAACACCGCGCGCGACCAAUCCGUCUGGAACCAAGGCAACAUUGACGACCCACAUCCCGUGAAUGAAUUCUGGCCAGAGCGGUUCAUUCUGUACCCGGAUAAUCCCAACAGCGGUCCGGUUCUACGAACCAUUGCACAGCAACAGGAAAAGAAAUCGCAAGCCUCGACGAUCUCGGAACCAACCUUCUCCCUCGAUGGCACGGCGGGAUCUUGGAUCCCCUACGGUGGAGGCACGCGAAUGUGUCCUGGGCGGCAUUUCUCGAAGAAGGCCAUGAUCGUAACGAUGGCAAUGUUCCUAACGGCGUUCGAAAUUGAGCUAUUGAUUGAUGAGGAACCUAGAAUUCAGCCCGAUUUGAAGUAUUUCAUGUUUGGGGUGAUGCAUCCAGAUGGGAAGAUACCCGCUAGGAUUCGGAAAAGGGUUUCCAAAUGA